GUGUAGAAGUAAAUUUAAAUCUAAUUUGAUAUACAAAGGUUAUAAAGCUAGUUAUGUAGCUAUUUGGUGGUUACGUAUUUUGAUAUUUACAUGUUUACACGUUUGAAUGUUUAGACAUGCAUGUUCAAACCAGUAAUAAGUAUGUGUUAUAUCUACCUAGUUGUUUUCCCUGUUUUGAUCUGAGUAUAGGAUUUCCUGGCUUCUGAGAGGCCAGUGAAGUAUUCAUGAGGGCGGUACACAGGAAGUGUUGUGUUGUUGUGGCUGUGUGCUGAGAGUAAAGAGGCUGCUAAAAAGUUAUCCGUCUCCCUCUUGCUGUUCCUAAUUAUUCAGAGAGAUUCUAAACCAUCUAGUGAACCCUCACGUUACAUCUGGUGGCAGCGGUGGGAUUUAUUUUCUUGAUGGCUCUGUGUAUUUGGUGAGUUUUACUCCCAAGCUGCGGAUACGAUCGUUUUUUUUUUUUCCGCUGGGAUUUUUCCCUCUCUGUGAACAGCUGAUGAACUGAAAAUAAUAACAGUAAUAAUUUUUGGAGAUAGUAAGGAUUGUUGCAGCUUUUCUCUCUGUUUUUGUGAUUUUUGUGAUUUUUUCGUGCUGGAUAUUUGUUGGGAACAUGUCGGCUGACGAGAGUGAAUCUGUGCACGAGCUGCGCUCUUCUCCUGUGCUGCAUUCGAGGUCGGUGGAUGCAUUACGGACUGUUGCUGCUCCCGCCCACCAUACCGUCUCCGGUGCCCUGACAAUAGAUCUUCCACCUGUUUUUAAAGGAGAUGGGACUGAAUCUUUUACAAGUUGGUCUCGUCGCUUUGAAGUGGCGGUGCAAGCUACGACUCCACCUGAGGUAGAUUUGGCAACUGUGAUGUCCUCUGUUCUGCCCACUCGUCUAGCAGAUGCUGCAUUUUUGUACUGGGACAGUUUGCCUUCAUCAACCCAGAAAGACUAUGAUCUAGUGAGGGAUAAGCUGAAAGAGGUUUUCGGUCCAAAAUAUUCUCUGCCGUUCUUCCAGACACAUGUGAAUGCUCGCCCCCGGAAACCAGGGGAAAAAUUUCGCCGUUUUGUUGCUGGGUUGGACCCCACCUUGCAAUCUAAGAUUCAUGAGAUGGGUGCAGAGGAUCUCGACGGAGCCCUGCGCAUUGCCAGUCGUUGUGAGAGAGCACGGGCAGCAUUGCAACUUACAGCUGCAGGAUCCUCUCCUAUUCCGUCUUCGGAACAGGUUGCUAUGAUACGUCCUCAGCCUACUGAUGCUAAACUCCUUCAAGCGGUUGAGGAGCUCACGCUUACUGUAACUAGCCUGAAACAUGAAGUACAGCAGUUACGGGAGAAACAGAGUUACCUUGCCCAACGUUUGGACUCCAGUCGUGAUAGAUCCUCCUCUUCCAAUGUUCAGUACAGCACCCGCAGUGCAUCCCCGUCGCCUUAUCAUGCCGGACAACAUCCCAGAGACUAUUGCUCGCCUGAGAGGCGUUAUCAUCGUGAUCCAGAGUCUCACCGUGAACGUCCUUCUUCCCCUGUUCCCCAGAGGUUCAAUGAGUGGGACAAAUGUGAGAGACACGAUCAACGCACAUUCCAAUCCCAACGGCCCUCCCAGUAUUCCAGGUACGAUUACCCUGACAGUAACAGAUACCGACGCAGUCCCAGUCCUGCUCCACGUAGAGUUAGAGAUGCAGGGUCCUACAGUAGGCCCAGUGUUCGUUUCCAGUCCCCGGAAAGGCCUGCACAUUUCACCUCCGGCCCACAGGGAAACUUUCAUUAGCUGCUGUUGAGGGGCAAACAUCAGCUGCAGUAUCAGAGCCCCAAUACAAUAUCCCCCAGUUCCCCUCGGACUCUGAGGGAUCAGUCUCCUCUAAUGUCUUGGCUAUUGUCGAGGGCAUUGAAGUGUGUGCUCUAAUUGACUCUGGUUCCUUUGUCUCCCUUGUGAGUGAAGAUUUUCGAAACUCUCAUCCAGCUUUGAAAAAACGGCCUAUUGUAGCAUCCUCUGUGCCAGCUCGUUCAGUCAAUGGAGAACGUCUGGAAAUCUUAGGCAAGUUAACCGUUGGUAUUAGGCUUGGGUCUCAGGUAUGGCAGCAGGACUUUGAAGUCCUCAGGGGUGCUUACCAGCCAGUCAUACUAGGUUGGGAUUUUCUGCAGAGGCACCAUGCUCUUCUCGACCUCAAAAACAAAGUACUGCAACUGUGGGACAUGAAAAUUCCCCUGUUGCCUAAAGGACAUGAGGUGGCUGCCUGUUGUAAUGUUUCUGUGUUAGCGCCAACCAAAAUCCCAGCUAUGAGCGAAACUCUGAUCACAGCCUGUGUGUCAGCAGCCACACCGG